AUGACUUACAGCUGUCGCUGGAAAAGACCAUGCGUAUUUGGUGCUUAUGAGACAAGCAGGAACGUGAGGAUAGUGCAACUCAUUAUCGCUAUAACAUACUGCUCCUUGUCUUCUGGCAUAAUUUUUGGGUAUGCUGCACUUAAACCAAUCCUCAUCAGUGAAGGUGUGUAUAGCCAUCUGUGCAUGAAUGACGAGGUUAUCACAGCAGCGAGGGUGUGCGAUAAACAGGAACUACGGCUUAAUUUUAUGUUCACUGUAUCGGCAAUAGCAUCAAAUCUCUUUGCCUUACCAAGUGGCGCCAUCCUGGACAAGUAUGGCCCUCGGUUUACAGGCGGAGUUGGUGCUAUUCUCUUAGCGAUGGGCUCUCUUUUAUUUGCAACUGCUUCACAUUUUCCUUAUGACAGGCAUUUGUUUGGAUAUACCCUUAUGGCGAUGGGCGGCGUAGCUGUUUUUAUAUCUUCUUUUCACCUGUCAAACUCUUUCCCAAAACAUUCCGGCAUAAUACUGUCGAUUUUGACCGGCGCAUUUGACCUCUCGAGCGCUUUAUUUUUACUCUUUCGCAGAGUUCACGGUGCAAACGCUUCACUGAAGUUUUUAUUUCUUCUCUACCUCACUAUUCCGGGCCUUAUCUUGAUUUCUCAAGUGUUCCUUAUGCCAUCAAGACCCUAUAGCACUGUUGGGGAACUGAUCGCGCACGCUCAAGAAAUUUUGGCCGAAGAAAUGGAGCACGAUCGAGCUAACGUCAUCUCGGGCUUCGAGCCGGGCCAACAGCCUUCCAGAUACCGUCAUACUGUAGAAAAAAUCAAGGGCCUCCUUGAAGAAGAAGACUACGAUCAUAUUAAAAACGUCUGGAAGUUUCCCUCUGUGAAGGUACUUGGCCAGAGACAGAAUACCGGUAAUCAUCUAUGGGGCAUCCUGCACACCUUGCCAGCGUCAGAACAGAUUGGUUCAUGGUGGUUUAUUCUAUUAGCAGCCUUCGCGAUGGGCCAGUUUCUUCGAAUAAACUAUUUUAUCUCGACCCUCCGUGUACAGUACGAUUACCUUUUGUCUUCUCCCGCCCUCGCCAGAUCGUUAAAUCAGCUAUUUGACUGCCUCCUGCCUCUUGGAGGUAUCAUCAACGCCCCGUUUGUAGGGCUAUUUCUCGACUAUACCACAUUACCAUUUAUGCUAUUUAUCCUUGUUGGCACAACUACCAUCAUUGGUUUUGCAGGCUGCAUAUCCAACAGUCUAACUAUGGGAUACAUUAACAUUAUUCUAUUCACAUUAUACCGGCCUUACUUUUAUACGGCGGUUUCCGACUAUACAGCAAAAAUAUUUGGUUUCCAGACCUUUGGGAAAGUCUACGGCCUGGUGAUAUUUGCUGCCAGUAUAGGGAGCUUCCUUCAAACUCCGCUGGAAAUGAUAACUUUGAGGGAAUUCAAUGGUGACCCCGUACCGAUAAAUGUACUACUUACAGCUGGUACGUUUUUGGCUGGAGGAGUCUUGACUUUAUUUGUCUGGCAUAAGUCUAACGUUUAUCGUUAUUCUGAUUUAACCCCUGAGGUGGAUAUCGAACCGAAUUACAGUAUUUUGCCGGUGGGAAGACCAAGUGUGGACAUAGGGGACGAUUCUGCUGCCGCCGAAGAACGAGAUGUAGGGCAAACCGACCCGCUUCUCCAUCCGCUCGACAAAUUAGGCUCAUCAUCAUCAUCAUAUGGUGCCAUACUCUAG